AUGUCGUCUCAGUCAAAGGACAACAAUAGUGACCGAAAGUCGAAGAGCAUCAGACUUUCUCAAAAGCUGCGUGGUCUACGGGAUCUGAGACUACGAGUGUCUAUCGAAGGCAAGCCUCAUCUCCAGCGACGAGGGUCACUCCAGCAAUCACCCCAAGAAGAGGAGGAAUACCGCAUCGUUCAUACACCGGAUAGACCUCAGCGAUUCAUCUCACCCGUUGAAGCCCCUACUGAAGACGACUGUUACGACGCUCUCCGGACGUGGCAUCACGCUGCAGAGCAACAAAGAAGCGAGGCCCACUUGUACGGGAUUCAACAACAGAGGAGUGGUGGUGCAGGAGAACCAGGAUCAACUGGCGUGGACGGAGCAACCAACGAAGACGACGACGGCGGAAGCAGAGGCAGCCCUUUCGUUCCUGACCCAAGCGAUGACGCGAAAACCCCAAAGGAUGAAAAGUGGUGGGCACUUGCAUAUGGGGAGUUCGAGGAGGUGGAAGAAAUGAAACCUUUUCGUGAGUGGAAAGGAGAUCAUCAACAGAAGGAAACGCAGGAUCAGCCAGGUACCAACACGGGGCAGAUUCUCAGACAGGACACGGCCAAAGGAGGACCUCUCCAAGAGGGAGCUGCUCAUUCUCAUCUUUUGACUGAUUUCACAGGACUGCCAUCCAAGACAUACAGCACGAGCGAGGCUGACGAAAAUGAUAUUCUCAACGGGACCAACGAUAGCAAGGGGGAGUACACUCCGUCCGUUUACACGCCAUCUCAAAAGAGCCCUACUACUCCUACCCCUGAAAUGUUUCCCGAAGCUCCCAGAUGGACUUUCGGGCGCCCAACAGCCAAAUCGACAACUGCAGCUCCAGAGACAUUGCUCACUCGGGAUGUUCAAGGUCCUUGCGCCAUCGACAGCGACAGCGAGUCCACAAUUCCGCCAGGGGGCCGCUACUUUGACAUCGACGAGGAGUACGACCCCAGCGGUGGCACAAGAAAGAGUUCCAUCUCUUGCAAGCCGACGGCAACAUCCAUCUCGGACCAGCAACAGCAUACCGAACAACUACCACCACCACCACCACCGCCACCAAAACCGCUGGAUAAUACAGGUAGAGGAUUUUUGUUCCCGGGCCUUGGUUCCUCGGGCCAGGCGAUGCAAACACUACACACUGAACUUUUGAAACUUGCGCACAAGCAGCAUGAACAGGAAAGACAGAAACAUGGGAGGGGAAGCGGGCAGAGCGGAGAUAGUGGACAUAGCGGAAGUACAUCUAGUGCUUUCUACAGCGCUUUUACAUCUUCUCCGAGGCAUGAGACGCCUGAUGUAAGACCGCCCUCACGACGGGGAGAGCAGCAGCAGCAGCAAACAGAUCCCAGCCAAGGAAUACAUGAAAUAGGAAUAGAAACAGCAAUCCCAUCGACCCCACGCCCAAAGCCAAAGCAGACCCAACAGAAAAGACGUUAUCCAAUGACACCACCCCGCGGUUUAUUGAAAGAACGAGGACCAUAUAUCCUUCCUCUUUCCUCUGGCACCACCUCUUCAUCACCGAGGCCACCAAAACCUCCACCGAAAACCCCCGAGACAAAGGCCGUAGCUCCCGAGCCGAAGUUUUUACUUAAGGGACUCGAAUUCAGUCCUUCGCGACCAGUUCCUCCCACCCCCACCCUUACUCCCUCGAAGCCAAAGAAUAUCGAGAGUACGGGGAUGAGAGGAGUGGGAGGACACAUUGCCGGGGCAGUCAGUAUCUCGUCACUUUCUUCACUCUCCUCACUUACGGGGGGUAGUGGGGUAGCGAUAACGCCCCCGAGGGUUUCCUCUACGAAGCUCAAGGCUCCCCCACCUGCUCCUCCACCACCUCUAGGCGGGAACGAAGGUGGCUUGUUGGUGUUGCCAAGGACAGUGUAUAACGGUAAUAGCAAGGCCAAGAUGCCGGUCAAAAUGCCGGUUCCCGUUCCGUCGCUACUGUCGAAGUUCAACGCCAGCCAUGCAUCGCCAUUGGCAUCAAGAGGACAUGGUUCCUCUAACUCUAAUCAGUUGUCGUCACAGAGUCAGGAACAGAUACAGAUCCAGGGGAAGGAGAGGAAACAACAUCAGCGGGGCUCCACUGAGUUUAUAUAUCAUCAGCCACGAAUAAGUGAUCCUUUUGUUGACUCGCCUGCGAGCGACGUGGAUACACUUGAAAACAGGUUGUCUAUGGCGAUGGCUAAUGGGUGGUAUGAUGAAGGUCAAGCUAAAGCUUGGGAAAAGACGAUGUCGAUGAUGGCUCAGACACAGAAGCCGGCCCAUGUUCAGGUGUAUACACAAGGACAAGCGAAAGUUCGGAUAGUGGAACGGGGAAACACACAAUCACAAAAGCAAGUUCAGGGGCAGGGACAAGCUCAGGAACCAUCAGAGAACCUGGGAAAGAUACCUCUACAGACGCAGACGCAGAUACAACCAAAGGUUCAGGAGAAGGUCAAUAUGGCUUUCAGGACUCCUCCUCCUCCUACUCCUACUCCUCCGUCUCAAGCAUAUCAACCCCAGUCAACUCCCCAAACACCUCCUCAAUUCCAAGCUUUCCAAGCCCAACCAAUUCUCAGGACUCCCUCCCCUCGGUAUCUAGUAUUGUCACUCCACUCACAGUCCCACUCACAAUCCCAAUCCCAACACUCACAACCAGCACCAUCCCCCUCACCCCUUCCCUCACCAUCCCCUUCUCUCUCCAGACCCAUCUACCCAGGAUCUCCUAUUUCCCAGACAUAUGCCAUCACCCCUCCACUGCCCCAGACUCAUUCUCGGCCUCGAAGACCCACUCCUCCCCACCGGCACCAACCUCCUCCCCCUUCAUUCCGCACACACAGUGGCCAGGGAAAAAAAGAGAUGGCUGAUGCCAGGGACCAAGAGCAGAAGAAUAGAGAGCAGCAGCAGCAACGUCCGGUAUCUGCAGGUAGUGAUGGUGGUGGUGAUGACUCGGAUUCUAGUUCUAGUUACGAGAGUCUCCAGUUUUGGAAGAACCCGUCACCGACACCGACACCGGGUCCGACGUUGGGUCCAGGCAUGACUGCCUCUGUACAGAGUAAUUCCCCUAGCGGAGUCUCUAGGGGUGAUCAACGACCGAGACAGCCGGGACAGGUGGUGGGACAUGAAGGACGGGGGCGCUAUGAGUUUCAGGAAGGUGAUGAUGGAGAAGAAGAAGAAAAAGACUCUACAGCGGUGGUUGCAACCGAGAGUGAAACUACAGGGACUACUGGGAGGGGUGUCACCGUCGGUAUGGUGAUGGAUGAUUACGCGGAUAUCAUUGAUCAGUAUGCUGGAGGGUGGAGGGAAACGAUGUUUUUCGGGGAGCUGGAGGAGGAGUAG